AUGAAAAGAUGAGUGUAGACAAGUAAUAUUAGGAUUAUAAAAAGGAGGGGGAUUGAUGAGAAACACGAGAGUCCCUCUUGCCGUGUUGAAAGAAAAGAAAAAAAAACAAAGCCCACGCGAAAGAACAAGGAACCACAAUAAGAGGGGCUCUCCCUCUACCAUUUGGACUCAUUCGUUUUGAUCGCAUCUCCUUCUCUCUCUCCCAUAAAACCAUUUAUUAGGUGUUAAGCUACUACUAAAACAUUAAAAAAAGAAGAAGAUGAGUUUCUUAGGUGGAAACAUGGUCAUGUUGGUGUUCUUAAUGGGUUAAGGGUUGGCUUCUUCUUCUCCAACAUAAAAGAAGAAAGAUUCAUUCUUUUCUCUCUAUCAAGAAUCAAAUAAAGUCUUUGAAUACUUGUUGGUAUUUCCAUAGUUUGGGGCAUCUUCUUCUCAUUCAUGCUGUUUCUGUGUUUGCCUUAAUUAGGCCUUCCCUUCCUCCCCACUCUCUUUUACCAAUCAAAAUCCCUUACUUCUAUAUAUAUACACACACACAGCUUACUUGUGUUUGAUCAUUCUUCAAUGGCUGUUCAAGCUCAAUACCCAUCUAAUGUUCACCUCUUUAACAGAGCUGUGCAAGAACGAAAGAACCCAAUUGGCAACGAUGAAUAUUCGUUGCAACCUCAACCUGCUGGAGGAUCAAUUCUUGAUCACACACAAAUGCGAUUCAAUCCAGGAGCUGGCUCUUAUCAUCAUCCGCCGUGUAAGAGAAGAAGAGAAGUUAGCACCACCACUGCAAUGAAUCCGUCAAUGCAAUCUCAGCCGCAGCUGAUUGAUCUCACUCAGCUUCAUACAAAUCCAAAUGUUGUCUCCACCGGCCUCCGUUUAGCUUCUGGAGAACAGUUACAACACCAUCAAAAGCAGCAACAACAAAACCAACACUCUCUUUCUCCUCAAUCUUCUCAAUCAUCAGCUUUCUAUUCCAUAUUCACAGAAGACAUGUCUACUAUUAUCAAACAACACCGCGAUGAAAUUGAACAAUUCCUCCAUGUUCAGAGAGAACAAUUAAGACGGACAUUAGAGGAUAAAAGGCGAGCACACUAUCGUGCUCUGAUUGGAACCGCCGAGGAAUCAAUGGCACGGCAGCUGAAGGAAAAGGAAGCCGAGGUUGGAAAAGCGUUUCGGCGCAACGCCGAGCUAGAGGCGCGUGCAGCGCAGCUCAGUGCAGAGGCGCAAGCCUGGCAGGCAAGGGCUAGAGCGGAGGAAUUCACCGCAGCAACGCUACAGGCACAGCUGCAGCAGGCGAUGAUGAACGGCGGAGGGUGCAAUGCGAACCUCCCGGACGGAGACAUCGCCGGCGCCGGAGAAGCUGAGGAUGCUGAAUCAGCUUACAUCGAUCCAGACCGAGUGGUGGAGACAACCGGUCCGAGUUGCAAGGCAUGCCGGAAGCGAGUAGCGUCGGUGGUGCUUUUGCCGUGCCGGCAUUUGUGUGUGUGCACAGAUUGUGACGCUGUGGUACAAGCAUGUCCACUCUGUCUCUCCAUUAGAAGCUCAAGUGUUGAAGUCUUCCUCUGUUAGAAAAGCCCAAUCUUUGGCCCAUUUAUUUAAAGCCCGGGCCCAAAUAUCAUGAACUAAGUAAAAGAUUUUCUAACUAUUGUAUUCAUGCUACUUUUAAGUUUUAAAGUAAAAAAAAUGAAUAUAAAAAGAAUUGAUUAAAAAAAUUAAAAAAUUACAUAUCUCUUUAUUCAAAAGCUACUUCUUUUUCUUUUGGCUUCAUAGUCAAGACACAAAAUCUUUAUUAUUUUUUGGGGAGAGGUGAAUGUGAUGUACAUUAUGAAAUGGAGAGGCAUUUUCCUUUUCUGUUCCUU